AUGGCUGACACAGAGAACAAUACUGGCGCGGCUACACGGAGUAUGUCCAAAGAUGAGGGGCGCCUACGCGAGUUGGGCUACAAACAAGAACUGAAGCGUGACUGGUCCAUGAUCCACAACUUCGGUGUCUCCUUCAGCAUUAUUUCAGUCAUCACCGGUAUCACGACACUUUUCAGUUAUGGAUUGACCACGGGUGGCCCAGGAGUGAUGUCCUGUGGAUGGCUCAUCGUCAGCUUCUUCACAAUGUUUGUUGGACUCGGCAUGGCGGAGAUCGUGAGCGCGAUUCCCUCCGCUGGAGGGCCGUAUUUCUGGGCAGCAAUUCUGGCGCCGAAGAAAUGGGCUCCCUUUGCAAGCUGGGUCACGGGUUGGUUCAAUCUUCUUGGACAGGUUGCGGUCACGACUGGUAUCACCUUUGGCUGUGCAGGAUUGAUCUCGACGCUGGCCAGUGUGAACGGCUACGAGCCCACGGCAGGACGGACCCUAGGCAUAUACGCGGCCCUGUUGGUCUCGCAUGGCAUGGUCAACUCGUUUGGCGUGCAUAUCCUGCGAUAUCUGAACAACAGUUCCAUUGUCCUGCACUCUCUCGGGGUCUUUUCCUUCGCUGUCGCCGUUGUGGCCGCGGCGCCUCGUCAUCAAUCUGCCAAAUUCGUGUUCGCAACGUUCUACGAUGGCACGGGUGAUCCAGGGUGGUCUGUCCGUGCAUCCCCCGCAUAUGUGGCCUGCAUUGGCAUUUUGAUGUCGCAAUACACCAUUACUGGAUUUGAUGCAAGUGCCCAUCUUUCCGAGGAGACACAAAACGCGGCAUGGUCAGCGCCACUGGGUGUGUUGAUGUCAAUCGGCUGUUCGGCUCUGUUCGGCUGGUUCCUCAUCCUUUGCCUGCUGUUCAGUAUCCAGAACUUCGACACCACCGUCGAUUCCGAAUAUAGCCAGCCGGUUCUCCAAAUCCUAAUCGACAUCUUCGGCAAAACAGGCGCCAUUGUGCUUUUCGUCCUCAUCAUCAUCUGCGUCUGGCACUGUGGUCUGUUUAGUUUGACCUCCAAUUCGCGGAUGAUGUUUAGCUUUGCCCGAGAUGGGGGAAUCCCUCAGUUCUUCCACAAGGUGGACGAACGUUUCCGGAGUCCGAUCCGAACCAUCUGGCUGGCGGCAUUCCUGGCAUUCCUUCUGGCCAUUCCCAGUGUUGGAUCGUCUGUGGCGUUUUCGGCGGCAACGUCCAUCGCAACGAUCGGUCUUUACCUGUCAUACGGGCUGCCUAUUUUGAUCGGCAUGGUGAACCCCGAAGGAUUCAUCCAUGGCCCGUUCAAUUUGAAGUGGGCUUCACGACCCGUGGCGAUGGUCGCCAUUCUGUGGAUUGCUUUCAUCACCAUCAUCUUCUGCCUUCCCGAACUCAAUCCGGUCAACAGUCAGACACUCAACUACACGCCGGUGGCGGUCGGGAUCAUCGGAGUCUGGUGCCUUGCAAGUUGGUUCCUGUGGGCCAGGAAGUGGUUCACGGGCCCGAUUCGGCAAGUCGAGGCAGAGGUUGCCGGUGUCAAUGUCGACGAUCCGGAUGAGAUGGCCCGUGCCGAACGAGAGGGCAGGAUUCCCGCAUUGGAAGAGUUGCCUGCAGGUAAUGAGAAGAGUAUCCUGGCGGCGAUUAAGCAGAAUUUCAAUACCGGCCGGACCACUUGA